AGAACCGUUCAGUUGUUGACAACACACCGACCGUAUCGGACGUCAAUUUGACGCAAAUGUUACCGAACGCACGCGGGAAAUAGUUGCGUCCGAGACCGUGCAUAGUAUAAAAUUAAAUUAAUUUUAUCGAUAUAAAUUAUUUAAAUAAAUUUGGAUAUUCGCAAUAUGGGUGUCAGUGCAAUUACUGUAUUACUUUUUACAUUGUCCGUGGCCUUUUCUAUACCAGUCGGUGAUCACAGCACAGCUUUCAGCAUUAAAGAUGAUGCAGAAGACCUCGCAGCUGAAUCAUCAGAAAUUAUAUCUAAAGCAGUACUACCCCCGCAACAUUUCCAAGAAACGUCAAAGGACCUAACCCAAGCAGCUAGCCAAUCAGAACAUUCAAUCGAUGUUGUAGGCGAUUCCCAAAACUUCUUCCCGUCUUUUGCUAAUCUUUUCGAGUCACGACAACAAAAUAAUUAUAGAGGCUUCGGAAGUCAAGAGGCAGCGUACAGCCAACGCCCCAAUUCCUUCAGAUCGCUUCUAAACUAUCCGAUAUUUGGAGGUUUUAACAGGAACGUUGAAACUUUUGGUAAACAAUCAGCAGUUUCCUCAGCUCCACUCAUUGAUGCGAGUCCUAGUGUUCUCGGUUCAGGAAACUUUGGUAUUAUAAGAGGUGGCACUUUCUUCGCUCAAAAUGACGAGGAUCACGAUUUUGGUGACAGCUUUAGUUCUUAUUACAACAAUGGCCACGGCAGACCGUCUGUCGGCGUCGGAUACAUCGCCAACCCAAAGCCAAAUUACAAUCAAGAUCAGUUUGCAAACUUCCGAGAUUUCGCAGAUAUUAAUGCUCCAUCAAAUUCCGCAUAUUCACAUUAUGUCGUAGUAUAUGCCAAUAAAAAUGGCACGAUGGAUGAAAUCAGCGAAGAAACGAGAAAUGUUAUGUCAGAACCAAGAAAUAUAAUCGAAACUUUGGAACGACUGGAUAGUGUGAAGAUUCCAGUUAAGAUCUCAAAGAGUAAGGCAAAACUAGAAGCGACAAAACAAAAGAUAGUCAGCAAGAAGGAUCAGUGGAUGAAAACGAAUUCGAAAUAUAUUAACCAAAAGCACGAAAUUGAAGAACCGUUAUUAGCGUUAAGUUAAAACUAGUUUAAAAUGAUACCUAAAGACUUAUUAAGUGAAACUAGUGAUAGAUUAAUAAAAGGUGACACUUGAUCAUUGAAUGUUGUGACAAAAGAAGCUCACUGUCAAAAUUACGUAGGAAGGUUGUCUACGAUUGCUGACGUUGACUGUUUGUUGAUAGGGUACAUGGAUAAGUGUGUAUAAUAAUGUAAUACGAUAAAUAAAUUAAUUUUAUAAGAA